AUGCGGUCCUUGGCUGCAGGCAUGGUUGUUACUGGUGUUCCUCUUGAGCUGAACACUCCCGCCACCCGCGUAGCGGACAAUAGCUGUGGAUUGCAAUCGCGGAAGAGCGAAAGCCGGUUUCUAACAUCGUGCGGCUGCAAUCCUGGUGAGCCUGUGAGACAGCGAAGAACUCCUGCACUGAGGACGCGAUUGUGCCCCGAAGCGAAUGAGGCGUUGAGGUGCAUCCCGUCAGCAAAAAACCAUGUCGCCGCACGCUGCCGCUCGGCCGCUACAUGGACGCCGCAAUCCAACGUCGAAGAAGCCUCAUUUCAGGACUAUCAGUCUCAAGGCAACGCCAGCGAUGCCUUAAGACAUUCUGUAUCAUGUAUCAUAAGUGUCGUUAUUGGUAUGAUGAAGGAGAAGAGCGCAACGUGCAGCAAGAUUGCAGUCAUGAUUCAGCUACCCGCAGUGCUAUCAUUUCGACCGGAUCCUGGCAAGCAGAAUGACACGAUUGGUAUCACGACUGCGCAACGGCGCUUGAGGCCCAGUAAUGGCCGCGGGUCACAACGUACAAUCCUAAAUAGAGAUGCGUGUGGUCUGAAAUAG